GCUAAGAUAUAUGCUGCUCUUGCUGUUGUUGCUGCAUGGUACAAACUCAUUCUAUGUACCUGGGGUGGCUCCUAUCAACUUCCACCGCAAUGAUCCUGUAGAAAUAAAGGCUGUGAAGCUCACCAGCUCCCGAACGCAGCUGCCCUACGAGUACUACUCACUGCCCUUCUGCCAGCCCAGCAAGAUAACAUACAAGGCUGAGAACCUAGGUGAGGUUCUUCGGGGGGACCGAAUUGUAAACACACCUUUCCAGGUUUCCAUGAAUGUGGAAAAGAAAUGUGAAGUUCUGUGCAACUUUCCCAACAAGCCAGUCACUCUGACAGUGGAGCAGAGCAAGCUGAUUGCCGAGCGCAUCAGGGAGGAUUACUACGUCCACCUCAUUGCUGAUAACCUCCCUGUGGCAACACGGCUGGAGUUUUAUUCCAAUCGUGAGGAAGAGGAGAAGAAGAAGGAGAAGGAUGUGCAGUUCGAGCAUGGAUAUAGGCUUGGGUUUAUGGACGGUAACAAGUUCUACCUGCACAACCACCUUUCCUUCAUCCUUUACUACCACAGAGAGGAUGUGGAAGAGAGCCAAGAGCACACCUACAGGGUGGUGCGCUUUGAGGUGAUCCCCCAAAGCAUUAAACUAGAAGACUUGAAGGCUGAUGAGAAGAGCAUGUGCACCCUGCCCGAAGCCACAGGCUCUGCCCCUCAGGAAAUAGAUCCGACUAAAGAGAACCAGUUGCUCUUCACCUACUCUGUGCACUGGGAGGAAAGUGACAUUAAGUGGGCUUCUCGCUGGGACACCUACCUGACCAUGAGUGAUGUGCAGAUUCACUGGUUUUCUAUCAUUAACUCAGUUGUGGUCGUCUUUUUCCUUUCAGGGAUUCUCAGCAUGAUUAUCAUCCGGACUCUGCGGAAGGACAUUGCCAACUACAACAAGGAGGAUGACAUUGAAGAUACCAUGGAGGAAUCUGGUUGGAAACUUGUGCAUGGAGAUGUCUUCAGGCCUCCACAGUAUCCUAUGAUCCUCAGCUCUCUCCUGGGUUCUGGAAUUCAGCUCUUCUGUAUGAUCCUGAUUGUCAUCUUUGUUGCUAUGCUGGGGAUGCUGUCGCCUUCGAGCCGGGGCGCGCUGAUGACAACAGCCUGCUUCCUCUUCAUGUUCAUGGGGGUUUUUGGUGGAUUCUUUGCUGGCCGCUUAUACCGGACUCUGAAAGGCCAUCGAUGGAAGAAGGGAGCCUUUUGUACAGCGAUGCUGUACCCAGGCGUCGUCUUCGGCAUCUGCUUUGUCCUGAACUGUUUCAUCUGGGGGAAACACUCCUCUGGUGCGGUGCCGUUCCCUACCAUGGUGGCCUUGCUGUGCAUGUGGUUUGGGAUCUCCUUGCCCUUGGUCUACCUGGGUUACUACUUUGGAUUUCGCAAGCAGCCGUAUGACAAUCCUGUACGGACAAAUCAGAUUCCCAGGCAGAUCCCGGAGCAGAGGUGGUAUAUGAAUAAAUUCGUGGGGAUCCUCAUGGCUGGAAUUCUGCCUUUUGGAGCCAUGUUCAUCGAACUGUUCUUCAUUUUCAGUGCAAUCUGGGAGAACCAGUUCUAUUACCUUUUUGGCUUUCUCUUCCUGGUGUUUAUAAUUCUGGUGGUAUCCUGCUCCCAGAUCAGCAUUGUCAUGGUGUACUUCCAGCUCUGUGCUGAGGAUUACCGCUGGUGGUGGAGGACCUUCCUGGUGUCUGGAGGAUCUGCCUUCUAUGUGCUGAUCUAUGCUGUCUUCUACUUUGUGAACAAGCUGGAUAUUGUUGAGUUCAUUCCCUCCUUACUGUACUUUGGCUACACUGCUCUCAUGGUCCUGUCCUUCUGGCUCCUCACGGGCACCAUCGGCUUCUACGCAGCCUACAUGUUUGUCAGGAAGAUUUAUGCUGCUGUGAAAAUAAACAGUCCAAGCCCUCCAGGAUAG